AUGAAGAUCUGCUCCUUGGCCCUGCUCACCCUGCUGCUGGCAGCCCCCUGGACUGGAAGCCAGGGCAUGUCCCUCCGCAGGUCCCACUCCGUGUGCUGCCACAAGGACAUGUUCAUCUGGCGGAAGAUCCCUGCACACAAAAUCAAGAGCUACCGGGACACAGCCUCCCUCUGCUCCCGCAAGGCUGUGAUUGUGGAGCUGCAGAAGGGAACUGUCUGUGUGGACCCAAAGGCGAGCUGGUUCCAGAAGUACCUGAAGGAAAAGAAGUCAAUCAGCACCUCCACGUGA